CCGCCCCCGCUCAGAGCGUUCCGCUACACAGCAAGGACUAGUCCUGAGAGUCCGUCUGCAGCGUGACCUUGCAGGCAGAGAUGGGGUACUGGGACGUCCCGGAGGGCACGGACUGCGUGGAGAAGACGUGGAUCACCACCAAGCUGGCCACCGCGCUGGGCCUGGUUGGAUCUGCCUAUCACAUAAUCGCAUUCCAGCCGGACUCGGCUCUGGCGGCGGUUCAGAGAGCCUCAAAUGCCACACUUACGAUGGCCACCAUGGGAGCCAUCUUUGGGAUGACCACGUGUCUGAGCGCUCAGGCCCGCGAGGCUCCCGACGACCCCCUGAACUUCUUCAUCGGGGGCUGCGCCUCCGGCGUCUUCCUGGGAGCCAGAACUCACAGCGCCAUGACCGGGACGACGGCGUGCCUGGGACUGGGAACGCUGGCCUUCUUCACUAAAGUUGGCAAAAUGGAAGGAUGGAAGAUAGAUGGACCUCCUAAACUGUAGAAAGAAGAGUGUCGGGUGAAAUAUUUGUUGUAAAAAGACUUAAUGUAAUAAAAGUUUCCUGUAAAAAUGCCAAAUUCAA